AUGACUCCACGAUGUGCCAUGUAUUGCUUCUUCCUCCUGUCACUGUGGACUCUGUGCGUCCUGCUGUCCGUCCGGGUGAUGCACAGCGACUUAACGGAGCUCUCCCCUCCACCGGCAUCUUUAGGAAACAUCCAAAUGUUCCACAAGUACAAUAUUAACUGUUUGGCUGUGUACGACAUGGACCCCGUGGAGGUGGGUAAGUCGAUGGUCAUCAGGCGGAAUCGAGUUGUGGAGGACAAGGAGGAAACUCUGCUGAACCUCACGGCAGACUGCCCGUUGUUCAUCAAGUCCAGAGGUUAUGACGCCGUGUGUGUCUCAGAGGAGGAGAGAGACUUUCCUCUUGCUUACUCGCUGGUCGUGCAUAAAUCUGCCCCGAUGGUGGAGAGACUCCUCCGAGCGCUGUACUCGCCCACAAACAUCUACUGUAUCCACUACGACCGGAAGUCUCCGGCUCCGUUCACCUCGGCCAUGGAGGGUUUGGCCCGCUGUUUGCCCAACGUCUUCAUCGCCUCCAAGCGAGAGUCCGUCUUUUACGCGAGCGUCAGCCGCCUGAACGCUGACCUCAACUGCCUGUCCGACCUUUUGGCGUCGGACGUCGAGUGGCGGUACGUCAUCAACGCCUGUGGCCAGGAUUUCCCUCUCAGGUCCAACGUGGAGCUGGUGUCCGAGCUGCGGGCGUUGGACGGAGCCAACAUGCUGGAGACGUGCCGACCCAGCGAGUCGAAGAAGCAGCGGUUCGCCUUCCGCCACGAGCUGAGGGACGCCGACUUCGAAUACGGAAAGCUGCCCGUGAAGACGCAGCAGGCGAAGGGCCCGCCGCCGCACGGCAUCGAGGUGUUCUCCGGCAGCGCCUACUUCGUCUUGUCUCGGGACUUCGUCGCGCACGCGAACUCCUCGGUCGUGACGAGAGACUUUCUGGCCUGGUCGGCGGACACCUACAGCCCCGACGAGCACUUCUGGGCCACGCUGGCGCGACUGCCGGGCGUCCCCGGAGAGGUGCCCAGAUCGCGGCCCGACAUCACGGACCUGAUGAGCAAGACCCGGCUGGUGAAGUGGCAGUACCUGGAGGAGAGUCUGUACCCGCCCUGCUCGGGGAAACACGUCCGCGGCGUUUGCAUUUACGGCGCAGCGGAGACGCGUUGGCUGCUCGACGACGGCCACUGGUUCGCCAAUAAGUUCGACCCCAAAGUCGACCCCGUUGUCAUUCAGUGCCUCGAGGAGAAGCUGCAGGAAAGACAGAAGUUGUUCCGGUCAGAGGCCUCUUCUCACUCCUGCCACACGGGUUAA